AUGGCAGCUCCCGUAGAAAGAUUGUUAGGUGAUUAUGGUGGAGCAAAUGCACCAGCUGGCCGGAUGACUAUUGUCAAUCAACCGGUCGAUGUUGCCCACUUUCAGUUGCACCCGGCAACAAUAAGACAACUUGAGAAGAAACCUUUCUCUGGAAGAAUUAAUGAAGAUGCCAACAAGCACUUACAAAGGUUUCUCACCAUGACUACGUCGUUAAAAACAGAGGGGCAUUCUGAAGAGGCAAAGAAACUAAAUUUUGGGAAUGGUCUUAAACUGAAGACAAAGCAACUUAUUGACACAGCUGCCGGUGGCUCAACAAAUUUCAAAACAGCCACGGAGAUCAAGAAGAUUAUUGAUGCUAUCGCGGCAAAUGAACACUUGGAGUUAUAUGACCGCAAUGUUAAUCAGCCUGAAGGGUUAGUCGAUUUAAAAUUGUCAAACCAAGUUGUUAAGAUGGAAGACCAAAUUGCGGCUGAAGUUGAACGAAGACUGAAACAAAUGGCCCUCGAGAAGCAAACCGUAGCACAGGUUCAACCAGUCCAGCCAACUCAAACGGUAAAUUGUCAUAUUUGUGGAGGACCUCAUUUUUCCAUGCAUUGUGUGGCAACAGCUCAAGAGGUGGAGGAAAUCAAUUUUUUGAAGCAGAACAAUCCCUACUUCAACACUUACAAUCCGGGAUGGAAAAAUCAUCUGAAUUUCUCCUGGAAAGAUCAACAAGGGAAUGUUCCUAAACAAGGAGCUGUGCCAUAUCAAAGUCUACCACAACAACAACAAUAUCGCCCACCGCAACAACCAUAUCAACAGCCAUACCAGCAACAACAACAACAAUUUCAGCCACAGGGACCAAGAAAAGCAGACUGGGAGAUCGCCAUUGAAAAGAUGAUGAGUCAAAUUGCACAACAAAUGGCAAAUCCUCAACAAUCGGGUGCUCUACCUAGUGCCACGGUUACAAAUCCUAAAGACCAUACUAAUGUGAGUGCUAUAAGCACUAGGAGUGGUAAAGCCAAUGAAGUUGUGGAGGAAAAUGUUGAGGAAGAAGAGUCGUUGCUUGAAGUUGAUGUGGAAAUAAAGGAAAAUGAGGUAGAAGCUGAGGAUGUGGUUAUAUCAGAACCGGUGACGAAAGGGAAGAUUAUUGAGCCAAAACCGGCUGUUAAACUUCCUUUUCCCACUAGAAAUAAAAAGAAGGGACAGCAUGAGAAAAAUUUUGAAAAAUUCUUGGAGAUGUUCAAGAAACUUGAAUUAAAUAUCCCAUUCCUAGAGGCGUUAGAGCAAAUGCCCACCUAUGCAAAGUUCAUGAAGGAUAUUAUAUCCAAGAAGAGGACCAUCGAUCGUGAUCCGAUUAUUCUAACCGAAACUUGUAGUGCUAUUUUGCAGGGUAUGAAGAUUCCGGUGAAGAAGAAGGAUCGAGGUUCUGUGACUAUUCCUUGUACCAUUGGGGAUAGAUCUUUCAAAAAAGCCCUUAUUGAUCUGGGAGCAAGUGUGAGUCUUAUGCCGCUGUCCAUUUACAAGAGAUUGGGGAUAGGUAAAGUGCAAGAUACAAGAAUGACACUCUAA